AUGAAUUCUAAGCACUUCAUCAAUGGCCUUCAAGUAGCAUUCUUGGUCCUCUUCCUCUCCUCAUCAUUCUCUUCUGCUCACUUGAAAUUACAACCCCCUCCUAUGCCACAACCCACCCCAAAUCCGCAAACUUCCAUAGUAGAACCUAUCCCAAAUCUUCCUGAACGUUCAAAUGCACAGACACAUGAUAUUCCUCAACCUUCAAUACCACAACAUACUACAAAUCCACAACCUACAAAACAUGAUAUUCCUCAACCUUCAAUACCACAACAGACUACAAAUCCACAACAGACAACACAUGAUAUUCCUCAACCUUCAAUACCAAAACAUACUAUAAAUUCACAACCUUCGACACCACAAGCUUCCCCGUCAGGCGAUGCUUUGGAUUCUUCAAUCAGUUACCAAGGAACUUUCAAGAAGGUAUAUGCAUUUGGAGACUCGUAUACUGAUACGGGAAAUGCUAAGUUGCUGGGAGGUCUCAAGUCCUUUGUUACUGAUUUGAUUUCAAAGUUUGCUUCACUUGCUGAUCCUAACGGGGGGAAGAAUUUGCCCGGUUCACGGCUCUGCAAUGGAAAAUUAGUCAUUGAUUUCCUCUGUGACUCUCUUGGCUUACCAACCCCUCCAGCAUACAAAGACACAUCUGCAAACUUCUCUAAGGGAGUCAACUUUGCAAUUUCUGGAUCAACUGGUCUUUCUGGCGAUUUCUUUGCUGCUCACAAGAUCGCUCACGCGCUCAUGUGGAAGGCGAUCCCUGAGACUUUCAAGACUCAGCUUGAUUGGUUUACUAAGCACCUCGCGGAGGUUGAAUGUAAGGGAUUAAGUGAUGUUGACUGCAAAGGUUCAAUGAACAACUCUCUCUUCUGGGUUGGUGAGAUGGGUGGCAAUGACUAUUCUCGCACAUUAGGCUCCUCCAUUUCCAUUCCAUGGCUUACAGAAAUGAACAUUGGCCAUGUCUUCAACCUUGUAAAGACAUUGAUAGAAAGGGGAGCCAAGUACCUUGUGGUUCAGGGGCUGCCACCAGCUGGGUGCUGCCCAUUGCAGUUGGCUCUGUCUAAAUUCCACGACCGCGAUGGUAUGGGAUGUGCAUCCCUUGCCAAUGGAUUGAUAAAAGCUCACAACAAGCUCCUCCAGAAGAAGUUGGAAAUACUGAGGAAACUAUUCCCUCAUUGUGUCAUUUCAUAUGUUGAUUACAGCAGUGCCUACAAAAAUGUCCUGUCAAACCACAAGCAGUACAAUUUCCAAGAGCCCUUCAAGGCCUGCUGCGGAGCUGGAGGUGGACCACUCAACUUUGACUUGCAUCGUCUUUGUGGAUCCGUCGGCACGUCAACCUGCAAGCACCCUAAUCAGUUCAUUAACUGGGAUGGUGUGCAUCUCACAGAGGCCAUGCAUAAAGUUCUUUCAGAUCUCUUCUUCCACAAACCAGGUUUCUGUCAACCACCGUUUCUUCAGCUGAUCAAGCACAAAAAAGGGUUGCUGAUAUAG